AGCAGAUCACAAGCGAGAUUAGACUUUUUUUUUUUUUUUUUCAUUUCUCUUAUUGCAGCAAUUAGCCCGGGACUGUAUAAAAGGGUUCCGGGGAGGGAGGGAAUCAGAGGGGGAAAAUCAGGGGACAUAAAGAGAUAGCUGAGGGACUGCUACUGCCGAGGGAGAGCACAGGGGGAGAGUAACUUUUCCUACACCUGGUACUGCAGGCUUGCUGGGAAAACUUAUUUUUUUUUAGAACUGACAAGAAAUAAAGAAAUCUGCUGACAUUUUCAGUGGCCCAACACUGACAGGCUGGCUCCUCUGCAUCUGCCUCCGGACUAGUCGCACAGACACCUGCUUUUCCCUCCUAUCAUCCUUCCCUCGCACUCUCUACUCCCCCCUCCACUUCAGCUUCUCUCUGCUCGCUCUGAGCCACUCGCUUCUCACUGAACUUCUUUCCCUUUGUCACUAACGAGGGAGGGGGUCUAACAGGCAGGUAGAGAGAGACAGGCAGCGGUGAGUGAGGAGGGGGUACCCCACGCCACCAUUAUGGGACUGCUGAGUGUGGACUUGCUGAUCACUCUGCAGAUCUUGCCAGGUUUCUUCUCAAACUGCCUGUUCCUGGCUCUGUACGACUCUGUAGUGCUAGUAAAACACGUGCUUCUACAACUCAACCGCUCCAAAUCCAGCCAGAGUCAAUGGCGCCGAAUGCUCACCCCAGAAGGGCUGCGCUGUGUGUGGAACAGCUUCCUAUUGGAUGCCUACAAGCAGGUCAAGCUGGGACAAGAUGCUCCAAAUUCUAAUGUUAUUCAAGUGUCAAACAACAGAACUUCUAAAAGUGUACAAAGAAAAUUUGCAGGAAAAUGCCACCUUUUAGACUUUGCCAGCUCUGAGCGCCCACUUGUUGUCAAUUUCGGAUCAGCUACCUGACCUCCAUUCAUAAGCCAGCUGCCAGCCUUCAGCAAACUGGUGGAAGAGUUCUCUAGUGUUGCCGACUUUGUGUUGGUGUACAUUGACGAGGCACAUCCGUCAGAUGGCUGGGCUGCCCCUGGUACAGCAUCCUAUGAAGUGAAGAAACACAGAAGCCAAGAAGAACGUUGUGCAGCUGCCAGCAAGCUUCUACAACAUUUCUCUAUCCCCCCACAAUGCCAAGUUGUUGCUGACUGCAUGGACAAUAAUGCCAAUGUUGCCUAUGGUGUCUCUUUUGAGAGAGUAUGUAUUGUACAGAGGCAAAAGAUUGUAUAUCUGGGAGGCAAAGGGCCUUUCUUUUAUAACAUCCAGGAAAUCCGCCGAUGGCUGGAACUUAGCUUUGGGAAGAGAUGAACAUAGAUACAGUGCCACCAGUUGGUAGAAACUUCUGCCUGUAUUUGUGUAUAUGCUUCGGACAGUUAUAGAAACUGUGAUAAAAACUAAAAUGGAAAUACUGACAAAAGAAAGACUACAAAUCACACAAAGUUUACUGCAGAACUUCAAAAUCCAGAAGUGUGAAAUACAUUCCUUCCAAAUAUCAAAACCCAUUCUGUUCUGACAAAUAUCUGUUCCAAGUGCAGAACCCAUCGGAAUUGAAAAAAACCCCAUCAGAAUACAGAAAGUUCAAAUGAUAAUAGAAAUUGAAAAGUGUUUAUAGAAGAUCUGAAAACCACCAUGAAGGGAAAAGAUCAUAAAAAAUAUAGUGUAUACAUUGUACCUGGCAGAUAUUGAAAAUCCAAGGAUUCACUUGGUCUCUGUCCAAGGGAAAACAUUUUGUUGCAGACCUAGGAGAAAUCCUAAGUAUUUAUUGCAAUUUUUUCUGAUUUUCUGUUGUUGCUCAUGUUACUUUUUUACAUAAUUUAUUGUUACCAUAAUUCUACAAUACAUUCAGUGCUGAGGAUUUAGAAAGUAAACAGUUACCUCAAAAGGAGAACAGCUGCAAUAAGCAACAAAUGCUCUGUGCUCUCCAGGGAGAAAGAUUUUGCAGAUUUCCUUCAUAUUUGGGGGAAAGGAUGGAAAUACAGUAUUGUUCCAGGUAUUAUAAUGUUACAUACAUAGCAACGCAAACAGAGCCAUAAAUAGCCUCCCUGUGCAUUGUGCAUAAUAAUUAGCUGCAAGCUUUAGGCUCAUAUAUGUCAUGUGAAGCUGAAUAAGGGGAAUUCAUCUCUCUUACAAUGUAAAUUAUUAAAUGCUAAUUAUGAGUCUGUCAACAUGCUUACUUUACAUAGAGAGAAGCUGUAAUUCAAAAUAUCCCCCUUUUGUGUUAUACAAAUUUUAGUCACUUCCUAGGUCCCACCAUCCACUGUUUUUGGCCAUCCUUGGGGAGCAGUCCCAAAGUUAAGGUUCCUCUGCUACAGACUAUGACAUUCUUCUCCAUGGUACAUGCUGUGCAACUAUGUGCAUCAUACAGUUUGAUGUAAAAGUAUCCAGACCUUUGGCCAUUUCUCUAAUUAAUCUGAACAAAUCCUGCUCUGGCAAGUGAUGUGCAAGUGGUAUCCUCCUAAUCUGAACAACCUGGAGCAAACUUGGCAGGAAGAAUGCACCAAAACGUCUCUCAAAGCUGGUGCACAAAUGGUAUAUACAUCAAAUGACUUAAAAAGUUAUUGCUUCAUAUGGUAGCUUUAGAAAAUAUUGCAGUGUGUAGAAUUAAUAUUUAAGGAAAAAGAUUUUAUUUCAAAGAUAACAAACUCAGUGUAGGAUUUAUUCGGUAAAAUUAGAGAAUUGCUUAAGAAUCUUAAUACUUUUGUACAGCACUGUAUAUCUGCACAUACCACAAAUACGUCAACACAGAUAUUGAAGCUGAAUACUUGUAUCACGAUCUAUAAGUUGUACAAGAACAUAAAAUGGCAGCACAUGGCUCAAACAAAGAUUCUAUUAAUAAGAUUCAGCUAUAGCAUGAACUAAUUAAUUAAUGCAUCCAGUUCAUUAAUACAGCCAAUUCAGUGCAAGGAAAAUGUAUAAAUUAACCAGCAAUUGCAGAAAGAGAUACUGUGCCCCCUAUGUGCCUUAACAUUACGUUUAACGAGCAUUGGCGUUUUACCUACAAGUUCAAGCCAUCCAAUCCGAACGACUUAUUACAUUGCACUUCCCAUAUAAUGCUGUUAUAAAACUCACUUAGUUGGGAAAGUUGCACUUGUUGGAGCAUAUUUAUAAAGGUGUUUUUUUAACAAAAAAAAGGAAUGAAUAUACCACCAAAUAGCACAACAUAAGGCUAUGGUAUACAGUGCAGAUUAUAAAGUUGUGUAAUGAUUUUAUGUGAAAGUAUUGCCCCACUGAUUUAUUGGGCCACACAAUGUCUAGAGUGGUGUAAAAUAAUGGAAAAAUCCACUGUGUUAGUUUGGCAAAAUUACAAUUCAUAUAUUUCCAUGGUUAAUUCACAAUUAAUAAGUAUGCCUUUGAUUUUGCAACAAUAUUUACACAGUUUUUUGUGUAAAUUAUCCGACACAUUUAGAAAUAUGUCCUCUAGUAUUAGAAGUGAGUGCAAUCUGUACAAGGUCUUGUUGGCCAACUGGUUCAUGUAGGAAUUUAAUCAGUUUAAUUCAAUUUAUUUUUCAAUUUAAAUGGGAAAUGACAUAGCAUAGGCCAUUCAAACCAAACAGUGAUUCCUGGAUUUGCCACACAGAUCAUUCAGGUAGAUGCAAUGCCUUUGGAAGCACAAAUGUAACAUUUUUACAGGGAUUACUGAAGGAACACAUAAUAAUAGCAAGGGCUGUGGCUAUUCUUUUGACGUUGACUUUUUCCGAUAAUGAUCAUAUUGCAUGGCAGAUUCUGACUGCAUAGAUUUGACAUUACUAUGCCUCCUGUACAAAGGCAAAGAAAACUUGCUUGUAUAAAAUUAAGGGGUAGAUUUUCAUAAUUUUUUUCCCGUUAAUUACCUCUGGGGGGAAAAACUGCUUAUUUAGCAAUCAAAUUAAGACAGAACUAAUUUUACCACCCUGUAAAGUUGCCUCAUAGACAUGCAUUGUGUUAAAACGAAUUCAGUGCUCAUUCUUUUUUUACCGACUUUUGGAAUCAAUCCCCCUAACUAAUGUUACAGCCUUGUAACAUUUCUGCCAUACAAAACAAUGAAAUCUAACUCCUUUAACCUGGUGAACAUUUUUUGUGGAAAAGAUAAGUGUGGGUAAUGGCGAAACACUUUAAUAAAUGAGUGAAAUUGUUAAUAUUCUAACAAAUCGAUUGAAAAGUUACAGAAAUUGUCCAGAAGGUUAGGAAAACUGUAAUAAUCUAUUUGUUCGGAAUUUGCAGGAAAAUGUUAGGAAUCCCAGUCCUUUAAAAUACCAAAUUAAAGUAGCAAUGUUUUUCUGUAAAAAUAACUUUUGUAGCAAGAAAUGUAUAUGUGCACUGCUGCAAACUAUACAGAGCAGUCAUUUUUCCACAAGCAGAUGGGUAGAAAAAUAAUCUAAAGACUAUUACCCCAUUUAUAUCUAAUGGUCAUUACUUCAGGUUGAAACUUAGCUGCAUUAACCAAUCAGGAUGCGGAGAAUAGAUUCUUUUCAAGGAAGAAUACACUUCAUAGACCCUCCCACCAAUAUCUGGUCCUGUUUAGGGCCAUAAAACAAACAAAGGUUAAAGUGUGCACACUUUUUACUGUGACUAGGCGCAUCCAGCCUUCUAAGAGGUUGUAUAAUUUACAAUGUGUACUGUAUAGAUAUCAUAUUGUACUGUAGCAUAUGUACAUGUCUAAUUCAUAUUUACAUAAUUUUGUAUAACUUUAGUUAAUAAGCGCAAAACUUCAUUAUCACAAAAAACUGGCAAAUCACCACUGUGCCUCUUUACUGAAAAACCCCCAGUUUGGUAGUGAUUCAGUAAUUUUAUUCAGUACCUCUCUGUCAAUGAUAAGGCUACACAUGAAUAUUCACUGUACCACAAGGUGCAGAUUUUUUUUACUUAUAUUGUCUGACCUCAUGGUAUGCAUGCCAGUUUACUUCAUGAUGAUAAACAGAACCUAGCAUUUGUUUAUGUCCAAUUUUUUUUAUGUCAUUGACAUAUGCUUUAUUUUAUAUCUCCAUGUUUUUGAAGUGUCUUUGAAAUGUAUUAUAGAUACAUUUUUUUGUUUAUAUUUUUAUUUAAGCAUAGUACAAGUACUUUUUCCUUAAGCACCAGCACUCUCACAGCCACACCAGCAGUUCCCUAAGAGAAAGGCUAAUUAAGAUGGUCACUGCUUCUGUGCACAGUCAGCAACAUGGCUGCAAAGUACUAUCACAGUUCUUGAUUUCUGGAUCUGCUACCUCUCUUGCCCUGUGAAAUUGUUCAGCAGGAGGGCAGUCCUCUAACCCUUUCCAUCUGGCCAUUCAGGUAUAUAUAUGGCUUUUCCCCCAAAUUGCUUGAAACAUUUGUUAUAAUACAGAUGUAGCUGAAGGGCUGAGAUCAUUUUUGCUCAGUCACCUAUAUCUAGAAAACUUGAAUUACUAUCUCUGAGUACUACAGCUGAGAAUGCCAGUUUUAGAGGAUUAGCCCAGAAGGCAAGCAUGAGAGUGGUGGGAAGAUUUACACGCAUGCAACAGAAUGCAAGCUUCAGAGAGGAAUCUGUAAAAAGUAAACCGCUCCAAAAGUUGAGCUGCAGAGGUUAAGCACAUUGAUUUGCUGACAGUGGAGGUUCUGACGUAGAAAUGAAGGGCUCCAUUGAAAGAGACUCAUACUCUGUUGGGACCUGGAAGAUGUUACGUCAGAGUCAUCAGCUGCUCAGCUCUUCAUGCUCAUUGCUCACCUCAGAACAACCUCUCUGCUGCACUUAUAUUCCACACACACAACUUUGUCAAUACAUUCAAAAAACCUGACCAAACACCAUAUGGUGCUUUUAUGUAUAUCAGUCAGCAAAUUUUCUUAUUGUAUUUUAAUAGAAACUCAUAAAAUAAACUCUACUUGUUCUUGUUUCA